CAUGUCCAGCCACGCCGAGUCUGUCGUCCGUCCAGAGCCCGAUCAAGUGCUCUACAUUCACAACUACAAGAUCGAGUCGGAUUCAGCAUUUUGAGACCGCAAGCUCAAGGCUCUUUGAUUGACACGAUCGGGUGUGGACUGGAGGGCUUCGAUGAAGAAUGUGCGAGGUUUAUGGGUCCUGCGGGCGAAGGCACGAUUGUCCCGAACGGCACACGAGUCCCUGGUGCCAGAUGUCAGGUCUAUCCUAUCUACGGUGCGUUCAACGUCGGCACCCAGAUCUGCUUCCUUGCUCACCCAUCGGACGAUCUUGGUGCCGUCCUCGCCAUCGCCGACCGCCUUGCGUGCAAGGGGGAGCCGCUGACUGGCAUGCCUUUCGAGUUCCAGAUGCCAUACGGCUCGUAUAGCAUGCAAAAUGUCCUCUUCAAGAUCUCGUAUCUGGCGGAGUUCCAUAUGCAUGAGCAGACUGCGAUGGAAGCCGCCCACAUUCUCCACAACAAGCUGAAGGCAAUGGGUAAGAACAGUGAUGACAUCAAGAGCAUCCGCAUCGGGAUCCAGGAAGCCGCGAUGCUCAUCAUCAACAAGAAGGGUCCUUGGGACAAUUUCGCUGACCGAGACCAUACACCGAUGUGGCAGCCGCCUAUCCUCGCAUUCAUGCCCUCCACGCGAAGAUUCCGUGUCGAGGAGAAGUGGUACAGCGUCGACUACCAUGAUCCCAGCAAGCGCUCGAUCUCGAAUGUUCUGCUGGUCACACUCAACGACGGCACCGUGCUGAUUGAGGGUCAGGUUGAAUACCCGGUUGGCCACAAGCGCCGCCGUGCUGAGGACAUCGCGCUCCUGAUGCAGAAGUUCAAGAACCACAUCGGACCCCACUUCGACGUGGCUCGCCAAAAGAAAUUCGUCAUUGUUCCUUCCGUUACGCCACCUCAUCCUGCUGAUGACUUGUGA